AUGGCAACCAACGAGAUCAUCUUCAUCACUGGCAAUGAGAACAAGCUGAAGGAAGUGCAGAUGAUUCUGGCACCCGAUGCGUCCCAAACGAACGCCUCCUUUGUUCUGGUAAACCGAGCAUUAGAUUUGGACGAGGUCCAGGGCGUCGAUCUCGAGGAAAUCGCCCUACACAAGUGCAAGCAAGCCGCAGCCAUCGUUGGACCAGGCCGCCCCGUGUUCGUGGAGGACACAGCACUAUGUUUCGACGAGUUUAACGGACUUCCAGGCGCAUAUAUCAAAUGGUUUGUCAAGAGCAUGGGACUCGCCAAGAUAGUCAAGAUGCUCGAGCCCUUCGAGAACAAGGACGCCCAGGCAGUAACAACUAUCGCCUACGCCGACGGGGAGGGCACAUACCACACCUUCCAGGGCAUCACCAGAGGCCGAAUCGUCGAUUCCAGAGGUCCCACGACGUUUGGCUGGGAUUCGAUCUUCGAGCCGCUUGAAGCACAGGGCGCAACCUACGCAGAGAUGCACAAGAAAGCCAAAAACCUGAUCUCCCAGAGAGGCAGGGCGUUCGCCAAGUUCAAGCAGCACCUGCUGGACCAGGCAAACCGCUGA